CACAGACACAGUUCCAGCACCAAUCAUUUCCAACUUUAUACAUAGUUUUCCCUCUUUUUUGCUGUUUAUUUCUUGGGAUUAUUCAUAUAUUUCCUCCUAGUGACUUGUGCACUUACUGUUUUUCUUACACAUUUUUUUUUUCUAAUCUUGAAAAUGCUCCCAUCUGGAAACAGCACCACAGCUUGGAUUCUUACAUUGAACUGCUGCUUCUUGUUCUUGAUAUUUGCUGAAUCAAAAGUGCCUCAAGAAGAAGUGGAUGUCCUCCAACAAAUCGCCAAAACCAUGGGUGCAACAUAUUUGAAUUUCGAUGCAGAUUCAUGCAGAAUUGAAGAGGUUGGAAUCAGAGUUAAGCCACGUGGGUGGUAUGAGAAUAUUGUCGAAUGUGAUCAUGGCAUCGGAGGUGACGAAUUCAACCACAUCACAAAAAUUGUGUUAAAGGGUUUAAGUCUUCCUGGAGUUCUCCCACCUGAAUUGGUAAAGCUUCCCAACAUCCGACAAAUUGAUUUUGCAUACAACUAUCUCAGUGGUAGAAUACCAGUUGAGUGGGCCACAACACAGCUGACUAACAUCUCUGUUCUUGUAAACCGGUUGUCAGGGGGAAUCCCAAAGGAGUUGGGAAACAUCACCAGCCUUUUAUACCUGAACCUCGAGGGGAACCAGUUUUCAGGCACUGUUCCUUCUGAACUAGGGAAAUUGAUCUACAUGGAAACCCUGAUUUUAUCCUCCAACCAAUUGGUGGGAGAGGUGCCAACUGCAUUUUCCGAACUCGUAAAUUUAACGGAUUUUAGGAUAAGUGAUAACAAUUUCAGCGGACAGAUUCCAGAUUUCAUACAGAACUGGAAACAACUUACCAAACUGGAGAUGCAUGCCACCGGACUAGAGGGUCCCAUUCCAUCAAACAUAUCUCUUCUGAAUAAGUUAACAGAUUUGAGGAUCAGUGACAUAGGUGGACCAGCUCAAGCAUUUCCUCCACUGAGUGAUAUCAUGGGCUUGGUAACCUUGGUACUGAGAAACUGCAGCCUUUCUGGAGAACUUCCUGUAUAUAUUUGGGCGAUGAAGGAUCUGCAUACGUUAGACGUUACCUUCAACAAGUUAGUCGGAGGAAUCCCAAACAAUAUUAGUGCUAGAAGUAUGCUGAAAUUUGUGUUUCUUACUGGCAACAUGCUCAGUGGAGUUAUACCUGACUCAAUUUUGAAGGAUGGAAUAAAUGUUGAUCUUUCCUACAAUAAUUUUACAUGGCAAGGACCUGACCAACAUGCUUGUCAGCAAAAUAUGAAUCUGUAUGUGAACUUGUACAAGAGCUCUGCAGCAGCAAGCCCCUUAAGGAGCAUUCUUCCAUGUACAGAGGAUUUCACUUGUCCUCGGUAUGGGUGCUCAUUACAUGUUAAUUGUGGUGGAAAUGAUUAUACCGUAAAGGAGGGCGGCCGAGAGGUUAUUUAUGAAGGAGAUGCAGGAGUUGAUGGUGGUUCUGCUAGAUAUUUCAGUACUAGUACCAAUUUUUGGGGAUUGAGUAGCACUGGGGACUUUAUGGAUGAUAAUAACGAUCAAAAUGCUCGUUUUAUUGAAAGUACACCGUCAAAAAGUCUCUCUGAAUUGUACAAUAAUGCGCGGAUGUCUCCCCUCUCGCUCACUUACUUCCAUUAUUGCUUGGAGAAUGGGAGUUACAAUGUCAGCUUGGAUUUUGCUGAAAUAACUUUUACAAAUGACAGCUCCUAUACCAGUCUUGGAAGGCGAGUGUUUGAUAUAUACAUCCAGGAGAAAUUAGUUUGGAAAGACUUCAAUAUUGUGAAUGAGGCUGAUGGAGUUCAAAAGCCCGUAGUUAGGCAUUUUAACACCAGUGUGACAGAUAAUACCUUGGAGAUUCGAUUUUACUGGGCUGGCAAAGGCACUACCAGAAUCCCAGUUAGAGGGAAUUACGGCCCCCUCAUAUCUGCUAUUUCACUCAAACCAAUUUUUAAAUCUUGUUCGGAGGAAGAUAAGAAGAGUGCGACUGUUUAUGUUAUUGUUGGAGUAGUGGCUAUAUGCAUUUUCCUGUUGGUAAUGAGCAUACUUUGGUGGAAAGGCUAUCUGCAAUGCAAAAAGAGACAGAGAAAAGAUUUAGAGGGCAUGGAGCUGCAGACCGUUUCUUUUACUUUAAAGCAAAUAAAGGCUGCCACUAACAACUUUGAUGCUUCUAACAAGAUAGGGGAAGGUGGUUUUGGCGCAGUUUACAAGGGCCGGUUAUCUGAUGGUACUUCAGUUGCAGUGAAGCAGCUCUCACAUCAAUCAAGACAGGGAAACCGUGAAUUCUUAAAUGAGAUUGGUAUGAUUUCUUGUUUGCAACACCCAAAUCUUGUUAAGCUGCAUGGUUGCUGCAUUGAAGGGACUGAACUACUGCUCGUAUAUGAAUACUUGGAGAAGAAUAGCCUUGCUCGUGCAUUAUUUAAUCCAGAGAAAAGUCAAUUGAUACUUGAUUGGCCGACAAGGUUCAAGAUUUGUGUUGGGAUUGCUAAAGGUCUAGCUUACCUUCACGAGGAAUCAAGCCUUAAAAUUGUACACAGAGACAUUAAAGCUACUAAUGUACUGCUAGAUAAAGAUCUAAAUCCCAAAAUUUCGGACUUCGGGCUGGCUAGACUUACUGAAGAUGAGAAGACCCAUAUUAGCACUCGAGUUGCUGGAACAAUAGGAUACAUGGCACCAGAGUAUGCACUGUGGGGUUAUUUGUCCUACAAAGCAGAUGUCUACAGCUUUGGGAUUGUCCUUCUUGAAAUUGUUAGCGGCAAGAACAACAAUAGCUAUGCCCCUUCCGACAAUUUCAUUUGUCUUUUAGACUGGGCCUGUCACUUGCUACAAAAUGGAAUAAUAGAGGAGCUCGUCGAUGAUAAAUUGGGUUCUCGUUUCAGCAAAGCAGAAGCAGAAAGGAUAAUAAAAGUAGCACUAUUAUGCACUAGUGCGACGCCAUCACUCAGGCCUCUAAUGUCUGAGGCUGUAGGCAUGCUUGAAGGGAAAAGAGAUGUUCCUGAUGAUAUCCCAGAAGCAAGUACGUACACUGAUGAUUUGAGAUUUAAAGCAUUGAAAGAUUUCCAACGAGAGAGGCAAAAUCAAAGCGCAUCAAGUAAUCAAGCUCAGUUAGCGAGCAUACAAACUGCCUCUGAUCUCUGUGAAUACAACCCGGAAUCAAGAUCUGACUGAAUCUAUUAUUGUCUUUCUUAUUUGAUCUCUUGCCGGUGUAGCAGUGGUUUAUGGUUCUUGAGAGAUUGCAUUGGUUCAAAUAUUUUCAAAGAGUUGGAUUGUUGUAACUAUUUGUAUAUUAAUUCUUUUGUGAGUGAGAUGUCUAUAAAAUGUACAUAAAUCUCCCAAGAAAAAGUGUCAGGGGCACCAUUUCUCCAGCUGUGCAGUUUUUUGUACCUCAGUGCUAGAUUUCAAAAUUGUAUAAUCUUCUGCUUA